GAGUCAGUGGUACGAUGUACAGGUGUAUCGGGUCUCACCUGGUCUGACGUAGCGAUCGUAUCAUUCGUUAUACUACACCGUGCAAGACGCGCCAGUUGGUGAAGUUUGUUAGUUCAGAAAGGAAAAGAAAAACCUGUGCGCGUAUAGAAAGAUUUUUCCGAUUUCACACUGGAUACCUAUGUAUAUCUGGAGCGCUUAUCCGUAAUUCGCACGGUAUUCCAAUCAAGUUGGACGUUGAACUGUUACGUAUUUUGUACGGUAACAUAAUAGGAGUGUGAUAGGUCUGUGUAAUUUAAAACAUGUGCAAUGUUUGACUCGUGUCAGCGUGCUGCCACAGGACCCAAAUGUGCAGACGUGUCGGAAAAAAUAGUGCAACUGUUCGGUUGGCGACAAACCUAUAAUGUCGCGAAAUUGCAAAGGAAUAUCCCUGGACGUGCCACGACAAAAAUUUCCCUGGAUAAACCUCAAAGAAAACUUAAAGCGCAACAGAGUCUGCCGUUGAAAAAGAGCCCUGAUUCUUGGGUGGUAGUUCACAACUUACAAACUCAAGGGGGCGGUAUUUUAGAUCACGACGAUCGCUUGAAUGAUGUGGUGGACGACAGAGAACAAAUACUCGCGAGCUUUGAAGAUGGCGACGGAAGCCACCAUCACGGCGGCGGCGACGGAGCUAGCGGAAGUAGCUCUGUGGGAACCGGAAGUCCAGAUAUUUUUAAUGACGGAAACCAUAAAUACGUGCCAUCGUAUCCUCGCACUGAAAUCGAAGUCACGGGUGAGCAAAUGGCCCUGGGAGCAUCUGGCGCGUUGCAUGUCCGCCGUGGAAGUGAACCGGCCCUUAACCAACUUCCGAUAGGGCCGCCACCACCCUCAGAUAAUAUCAAAAGAUGGAGUGCCGCCCCGCUCAUCCUCGAACCCACCAACACCGGUUACUGUAUCAACUCCGACUGGGAAGAUUCUCGUAAUGAGGACGACGAUCAAGGAUACUUUAGGAUAUCGAGGGACGGGAGCAAACGACUUUCCAUGCAAUUUUUGGGAGAUGGAUCAGGGUAUAGGUGGGCUGAAGCAGCAGAAAGAGCAGCAUCACAUUCUAGUACUUCGUUGCCCAGAGGAAGUAAACGAAAAGAACCUUUGGGCCAAGCAAAUAAUUCUACUAGUCCUGUUCCUUUUACGCAAUCAAACAAUUCCAGUGAACUCAUAGUAAUACGGAACGAGCCAGGACCAUUGGGUAUCCAUGUAGUACCCGAUUACGAUAGACUGGGCAAAGAAAAGGGUCUUCUAGUCCAAGGAAUAGAACCGGGUGGUCGAAUAGACCGUGAUGGUAGACUUGCUGUGAAUGACCACAUCAUUGAAAUCAACGGACAAAGUGUGAUUAACAUGCCAUUCCAAAGAGUUCAAGAGCUCUUUAAGCUAUCGUUAACAGCAAGUGAACUACGUCUUCGAGUACAGAAGGGAAAUAACUCGGAUGGAAUACAUAGACCUGCCAAUUUUCCCAGACUUCCAGAAGACAAAGAAAAUAUUUCGAUGGUAGAAUGUGAACAAAAACAAAACAUCAAUACUAAAGUUGCAACAGUAUCGCCCACGAAAAAGGUACCUGCCAUUUCUCGAAAUUUAAAAUCCCUUAUCACUGCAAACACUAGAAAAAUUGGGCGAAAAAUCGAGCUAGAAUUAACUAAAGGUUCCCACGGAUUGGGCUUCAGUAUUACAACUCGGGACAACCCAGCUGGUGGCAACUGCCCAAUUUAUAUAAAAAACAUUAUACCGAAAUUGGAACAGGGUGCAGCGGUAGAAGAUGGAAGACUGAAAAUCGGAGAUAGACUGCUAGAAGUUAAUGGGAUCGAAAUGACAGGAAAGAGCCAAGGCGAAGCUGUUUCUAUUUUACGAAAUGUACCACCAGGCAGCAAAGUUCGAAUCGUUGUUUCACGGCAAGAGGAUGUACCAGAUAACAAUUUGGCAAGAACAGUGGUAUUAGAAACCGACGAACGCUGUGAAGAAAACAACGUUUCCCAAGUCUUAAAUAGGUCCCUAGAUGAAAAUGCUAAUGCAGCGCCAGCUAUUCCCCCUUUACCCCAGAAUCACAUACAAAACCAACAGCUGAGGCAGAUUGAAAAAAAUAGCAGCGUGGCCAAAAUAAUUUCACAAUUUCAAGAAGCAAAUGAAAAAUCAGAAGACGGUCAAAUAUUUCCAUGGAAGCAUAGGGAAAUUUUAACUUUUGACAUUCCAGUGCACGAUUCGGAAAAAGCAGGAUUAGGUAUAAGUGUGAAGGGAAAAACAAGUGGUUCGCAAGACUUGGGUAUUUUUAUAAAAAGUGUCAUAAACGGUGGUGCCGCAUCUCGUGAUAAAAGACUGAGGACUAAUGAUCAAUUAUUAAACGUAAACGGUGUUUCUUUAUUACACCAGUCGAAUAGUGAUGCCAUGGAAACCCUAAGGAAAGCAAUGCUGCACACUGAAGGUCCUGUUCCUGGAAGUAUUACCCUAACAAUUGCAAGAAGAGCAUCAUCCCCAGGGCCAAAUAGGAACAAUUCCAGACGAAGCUCUUCAGCAGAACUAUUAAAUUCAUCAACAGGUAGCGACAUUUACCGACCAAACGAUUCAGAAACGUCUCGUAAUGAAAGUUCUGAACCAAGUGGAGGUUCAUCAAAUACUGUGAUUUACAAUCCACGAAAACAUUCUCAUACAGAAUCGAGCAUCAUCCCGAAUAAUCAAAAUUUUAGUCCUAUGCAAACCUGGAAUCCAGUAUUAGAUAGACUAACUAAUCACAAUAAACAACUUAGAAAUGAAAGCUACUACAUUGCAACACACGAUACUUGGACUACAAGUAUGCUAGCAGCAGGAAAUCAGUCUUUGGCAAAAGGCCCUCCUCAAACAGUUAACCUAAAUUCUGGCGAAACAAUUCUCGUAGAGGAUGAUUAUGGACCCCGAGUUAUACCCCAUCAGAAUUCGAGAACUCCUCUUUCUAGUUGUUCUCCUCCACAAAACAAAUCAGACUCUCAAAAUAAUGUAGAUACAACAGAUUCUAAUAUCCAAAAUUCCGAUAAAAACACAGAAUCAUCACAAACAGGAGCAAAUAAUGAUGUGACUUAUGCCAGCCAGUUAUCCCUGGAACAACCUAAUCCUGCAACCUUUUCCAGGGAUGCUUUUGGCAGGCAAAGCAUGUCGGAAAAACGACAUGCUACAUUAGAUGCUAAGAAUACAGAUACGUACCAAAGAACAAAAAAGAUGAGAGAGGAACGAGAUAAGAAUAAACACAGAGAAACAAAUUUGGUUCGUGUUGGAUCAGUGGAGUCUGUUAUAAGUGUUAACCGCUCAUCAGAACACCCCGAACAGGCAGAUAAAUUGGGUCAAUUGGGGCCAUCACUGGGAAUGAAAAAGUCUUCCAGUUUAGAGUCCUUACAAACGAUGGUUCAAGAGAUGCAGAUGCAAGAAGACGGCGAUCCUGUAUAUUGCUAUAGAAAUAACGUUGGAUUAAAAGUAGUUCGCGGUAGAGGUUGUGAAGAGAGCUUUAGAGCAGCAGUUAUAGAUCCAAAUCACCGGAGUGAAACAACCGCUAAAAAGCAUUGGUUAUUAGAUCCACCUGUCCAGGAAAGACAGAUAGAUGGCUUUAGUAACGUUAGGGGUGGUCCAAGGCAGUCUUCAUUGAACGCAAACUUGGAUGGAAAGCAUAAAGGAGGAAAAAAGAAACCAGGAAUAUUAAAGGGAAUUGGCUCUAUGUUUAGGUUUGGAAAGCACCGAAAAAUGGAUUUCAAUCCACCAGAACAAUAUAAACCCCAAGGCGAGGGAGUGCCAGAAAAAUUGUCACCCCAUCCCUCUCCGCAGCAGAAGCAAUCACAGCCAGAACAAAACCAUUUAUCACAACCCGAAAUCAAAAGUGAAAAGUCGGUUGAUCAAAGGAACAACAACUGUAGUGAAAGGUUAACGGAACAACCACCAGAACCUUUGUACAAUAGGCACGGAUUUAUACAAGGAUACGCUGAACAAGUACAGGUCAUACCAGAAGGCACUGCUCUUACAACCACUAAUAGAACCAAUGUCAACCAUGGGCAGUAUGAUCAAAAUCACAACCGGGGAGAAAGGAGUCAGUUGAUGAGGGCAUAUGAGCAAAGGCAAGCUCAGCGACAGCAUUACUAUCACCAGAAUACUGAAAAUAGCAAAACAGAUCAAGCUGGUAGACAGAGAUUAGAUCCGGGGCCUUACGGAGAAUAUGGAAAACCGGGAAGUCGAUACGGUAUUUCCGAGCCCAUUCGUUUUACACAUUAUGUUAAUUAUGAUGAAUUGCAAAACCAUAUCAGCCGAAAAGAGACGCUGUCAGACAGUCAAAUAAAUCAAAUGCGUCUUCAAGUUCAACAACAGAGAUUAAAGGUGGAGGAAGAAAGUCGCAAACAGCAACAAUAUCAUUCUCAGCGACAGAUACGCCAAAAUAAUCAACUGAGACCCGUCUCGAAUUUUUACGAGUACGAGAGUGUUCAGUCGAUUUUAAAUGUACAUGGAAGGGCUGAUAGACCGGCUGCGCCUCCAGUAACACAUAUUCAUCAACAUUCAGACUCUUACCAAGAAACCAAUUCCAAUUCCUUGACCAGGCAUCCUGGGGUUUCUGUGAGGACUGUUGCCAAUUCCCGUAGUAAUCAUCCAAACCAUUUCGCCCAAAACAGGGGUCCUUUUAUAACGCAAGUGCUAAUAGGAGACCAUGUGCAACACACCGGAUCUAGGGUAUAAAGAAUAAUCAGCAUGCUGUGCAUUCAUAAUUAGAUAUUGAUUAGAUGAUAAUUGUAAAUAUGUAUGAAUAUGUAAUUAUUUUGUGUACAAAUAAAGAUAUGUAUUUACCGAUUUUUUAA